AUGGGCAAGCGGAAGCAGAUGGACGAUGGCGAUACUGCGAUGCCAGACAUGCGAAAAGCCAAAAAGUCCACAACGCGGGCACCUAACGCGACCGACUUGAUGUCCCCGAUACCAAUACGAGUCAACAGAUCAGUAAAGACUCGCACUGCAACAAUGGCACGCAACGCUGUGUUCGACACAACAGAGCUACUCGAAAACAUUCUCGUACACCUACCCCUUAGGGAUUUACUCCUAGCCCAGCGCGUCAACCACAACUUCAAGAACGUCAUCGAAAGCUCGCCUGCCGCACAGAGCCUGCUUCAUCCAACCUUAGAGCCCAGCAAUAAGCGCUGGGGUUUUCGGUACGACGACCGACGUGAGCAUGAGGCGUGUUAUGUGUCGAUCGAGAAGAGGCACGUAGCUGGGCUUCGCGUGCUAUCUCUGAAUCAAGACCUCUUCAUCCCUCUGCACGAAGAUCACUUGAUCACAGCUGGGAGAUACGAAGGCGAGGAAGUCGUGUUCAGGACGAAGAAGAUGGAGCAAGGCCUACUCCAUUACAUGCGAGGACACAAGCAAUCACACGAGCAUAUGUACAUCACACAGCCACAUUGCACGCAACUGCGAAUCUCGUACAAAAUAGUCAUUGGGGCACAUGCCACUGUCAAAGGCCGCAGCAUCGUCGUACGUAUGGAGGGGGAGCCAACUGUCGCCGACAUCUUUGAGACCAUCUUGGGAGUUCCGGGUAAGAAAACUCGGCACGACAGCAAUGUCGUCGUGGUUGAGAAGAGGUCUAUACCAUGGUCUUGGAACACUGUCAAGGAAGACCAUCCCCUUGAUCGCCGUGUGUCGGAGACGAUUGGACAGUUGGAGAAAGAGCACAAGUCGGCGGCACGUGUUGCGCGCUUCAGCAUCUUCCUUCCGCGUAUCAUCACCCCAACUCAGGAGGAGAUUGAGGAAGUCGAGUCUGCAGAUUCGUUCACUGCCGAUUGA